ACAUCGCUCGGUCCGUUAUCUUCACAGAGGGCUCUCACCAGCGGGCGGAGUCGCUGUGUCACCCUCAUUAACUCGUUUAGUGAUGUAAAAUGAAGAAACUGACUUAAAACGAGAAGCUCGGAUGCGAUUAAUGCCGUUUUAGAGACGUGACAUCUUGUGUUUGUGCUCGAAGAGCUGGAUGUAACAUGUCAUGUCGGCGCGAGCGCGAUAGUCCUACUCGCGAAGCGUGAAGGUGUCGCGAGACGACGAUGAAUGUCCUCCGUGUGCUGUGAUGAACCGUGGACCGAGAUCGACUGUAAUCGUCUUUGAGAAAAUACCGUGGAUCUAAGAAGGACAUCGAUAUUUGUCUCUUGGGUUCAGCUCUAUGAGUGCUCAUCCAUACGCUGACUGAUUCUAAGACUUUUCAUUACAUAAACUACUCGCCAUAGAUGUUUCAAAGCUUUAAAGAUGUAAUUCUGAUCAGAUUUAGGGAAUCCGUACUUUGACAGAGAAAUUUCAAUAAAACCUAUAUUCAUAUAAUAGGCCUUUGACACCUGUGACGCCCAAUAAGACCCUGCAUUCUGCAUUUGACCCCUCCUGAGAUGCUGGACUCAAAAACCAAGGAGCUGUGCCGUAUCUGCGCCCGGGAGCUGUAUGGUAACCAGCGGCGAUGGAUCUUCCACCCGGCGGCCAAGCUGAGCCUGCAGGUUCUGCUGUCUCAUGCUCUGGGCAAGGAGCUGACCCGGGACGGGCGCGGAGAGUUCGCUUGUAGCAAGUGCGCCUUCAUGCUGGACCGCAUGUACCGCUUCGACACUGUGAUUGCCCGUGUAGAGGCACUUUCCAUCGAGCGCAUGCAGAAACUCCUACUGGAGAAAGAACGGCUUCGGCAGUGCAUCGGGGGACUCUACCGCAAGAACAACGCUGAUGACUUUGGUGCCGGAUUGGCCGGUGACACCGCAGAGGCCUCGGUUGUAGAUAUAUCUGGCUUAUCUGAUUCUAAGUACAGCUCACUCAUAGAAGACGAUCUGAUGUACUCUGUGUAUGAAUCCUGGGCUGAGCAUGAAGCUUUGGCUCACCACCAGCAGGCCAUACAUCACCACCACCAGUGCCAUGCUGGGUCAGAAUCCAGCUCAGCACAGCGUUCCAGGAAGUGCAGGGGAUGUGCCGCGUUGCGGGUGGCCGACUCUGACUAUGAAGCUGUCUGCAAGGUGCCCAGGAAGGUGGGCAGAAGCACCUCGUGUGGGCCCUCAACUCGAUAUUCUGCCAGCGUUCUGGGCAGCACAGAGGUAGCUUGCCCUGAUCCAGCCCCGAUGCUUCUAGAGCCAGAUACUCAGUCAUCAAGCCUGACCGAGGUCACCGAAAGUGCACAAGCCUGUGAGGCAGAGCACAGCAGUAUCAGCCCAGCAACAUCUGUGGAGUCACUGGACACUGCGGUUGACGUGAGUCAGCCUUGCCCGGCGGUCCAUGCGGAACUUGUGCAGGGGGAUAUGGACGAAGAGAAGGUCAUGAUCCAAAGGCCUGAGAAAGAGCAGAGUGUCAGAACUGGCUGUGGAGGUGGACUAGAGCUAGCUCUCAGCCUAGUCAAGAGUUUUGAGUGUCGUCCAGUCCAGGUCCCACGAGGCAGCCGGCUGCCCGUGCCUGUCAAGCCUUUCGCCACUCUCCCAGAGAGACCUCUCUCUUUGCUCCAGGUUCCUCAAGCAGGAACAGAUUGUACUUUCUCCCCUCAAACCAUUGACAUGGUUUCUUCCAGCAUCCAGCAGGAACUGCAGCUGGAGCUGUCUGAAAUGGAGGAGCUUUGGCUGGAUGAUUAUGUGCAGUGUAGGCCUCUGGGCGUCCAGAAGAAGCUCAUUGGUGAGCAGCAGGCUCAGCUGGUGCAGUAUGAAAGUGCAGCGGGUGAGUGUGUGAGUGAGCUGCAGAAGGCCCAGCUUCAGGUCCAGUCCCUCCAAACUAAGAUCAGAGAGAGCGAAGUCAGCAACAAGAAGCUACAGCAGAGACUUAAGGAGAUGGAAUGUGAACUGCGCUCUGUCCGAGAGGCAGCCCACGGACAGGAGAGAACAAUUCAGACCCUGAGUGACUCUCUUAACACCAAAGACAUCGAGGUGGCUGAUCUCCAGCAGCUCAUUGAGGAGCAGAAGGAGCUUUUAUGCUCUAGGCAGCAGCAGAACCAGCAACACCAACUGCAGCAGCUACAUAUGUCUGGGGCAGCUCCAGGCCAGCUGCAGGCUGAGCUUCUAGAACUCCAGGCUUCUCAGUUCUCAUCUGAGCUGGAACUGCAGCACAUCCAGAAAAGCCAACGCCAGGCUCAGAGGAGAGAGGAUGACCUGACUCGCUCAAACCAGCGUCUCCUCACUGACCUCCAGGGUGCACUGCAUCAACACCAGGAGACUGAGAAACACAACCAGGAACUUCUUGCUGCCCUUCAAAAAGCACGCUCUGACCUGGAGCAGAUGGAGGAGAAGUGGAAAGAGGGAGUGAGGGAAAAGGAGAGGGAGGUGGAAGAAUGUGAGAGGAGCAUAAGAAAAUUGAGGAGCUCUCUGCAGCACAAAGAACAUCUGCUACAGGACUACAGCGAGUUGCUGGAUGGGCAGAAAGAAACUGGUGGGAACAGAGACAUCCUCAUUCACAAACUCAAGCAACGUAUUCAGGAGAGAGACCGAGCACUUGAGCAUUCUGUAGAUGAGAGGUUUGUGUGUGUGGAGCAGAAAGAGGAUGAAAUACACAAACUGCAGCUGCUUCUCCGAGAGAAACAGAGAGACAUGGAGAAACUGCGCUGCGUGCUGUCCAGCAAUGAAGAGACCAUUACGAGUCUGGAGGCGCUGCUCCGCGGUAAGGCUCUAGAGCUGGAGCAGGUGAAUGAGGCCUGGAGAUGCAGCAAGCAGGAUCAGCAUGAAAGCGAAGAGACACACACCCGCAGUCUGAGAGAGAGAGACACACUGAUCACCCAGCUCCAGGCUGCCCUUCACACAUGCACCAAAGAGGCUGAGGAGAUGACAGCAGCCCUGCUCAGUAAGUUGCCUCUGGGCUCCACUGAAGUCAUGGAGGAGCUCAGGAGGCAGCUGCAACUGAAGGAGCGACUGUUUCAAGGGCUGCUGGCGGACUGCAGCUGGCAGGCCCAGGAGCACCAUGCACAUGUCCAGGAGUUGCUCGGCAUAAUCAACGCCAGGGACCAGUACAUCAAGGAUUCCUCAGAGCGUAUGGGUCAGAUGAUGUCUGAGCAGGUGGCCCGGCUGCAGGAGCUGCGCAGACAAGUGUUGUCAGCAGGAAAUGCAUCACAGAGUACAUCAAACCACACAGUGGACACUCAGAGCCUUCAGGAAGAGCUCCGACUGGUUCUUGCCAGAGAGAAGGAUGCCCAGAGUGAGAUGUCUGCUCUACGCUCCUCCUUGGCCAUCAACCAGAACCAAAUCCAGACUCAAGCUUCUGAAAUGGAGGCUUUGAACCGAACCAUAUGCAUCAAAGACGAGAUCAUCAAGGAUCUGCAGAUGCAGCUGGUGGAGUCCUCUGAUCUCCCGCUGGUGGAGAAACUGACUCAGGAACUGCAGGAGCUCAGAGAGAGAGAUUUACUUCAGGAGCCCUCCUGUCCCAACCAUAAGGGUAACAUGGACCUUCUGGCAUCAAUGGAGACUGAGCCUACAGCCACAUCUCAGGCUGAUACUGGAGACUUCACUACAGAGGAGGAGGAAGAAGACUGUAACAGUGAGUUUGCUGACAGCACUGAGGAAGAUGAGAACUGCAGACUAACAGCUCAGGCUUUGGCUGUUAUGCAGGCUUAUGAGCAGCACGUAGGACCUGCGGCCAGGCCGCUAUCCCAGGAUGCUGCUGUGAUGGAGGGUCAGGGUCUGGCAGAGGUGAAGCUACUGGUGGAGCAGAAGAGGGCAGUGGAGCGAGAACUGUGGGAGCUUAAGGCUCAGCUGGAGAAAGCUGGUUUCUCUUCUUUCUCUCAGAUGAGGAAAGCACUAUUCAGCCUGCGCUCUGAGAAUGAGGAGCUCAGGAGCUUGGCGAGAGAGAGAGAGUCUGAGGAAAGUGGACGUGGAGCCUCAGGGGAGGGUGAAAGACAACUUGAGAAACCUAGUGAAGAACCUUCAGAUCCCACAGGAAAAGCCUGCACCCCUCGUGCUCAAGUCCUUAAGGGUGAUAAAAAACCCUCCAGGCCACUCUCUCUGGACCUGCAACCACUGCUCUCCCACUCUUUACAGGUAGAGAGUGUAUCUGGAGAAGUCCCACUGAGUUCAGUGGAAGCUGGACUGAGUGGGUGUACGGUGCGUCUGAAGUUGGACCUGGAGCAGAUGCAGCAAGAGAGCCGUGACCUGCAGGAGAGGCUGAUGGUGUCAGAGGCCACAGUGCAGGCCCAGGCUGAGCAGCUUAAAGACUACAGGGAACUGCUCACAGAGACGUCGGUGCAGCAGGACAGUAAGCAGGUACAGGUGGACCUGCAGGAUCUGGGCUAUGAGACAUGCGGCCGCAGUGAGAAUGAGGCAGAGAGAGACGACACCAGUAGCCCAGAAUUUGACGAUCUGGAGCUGUGCACCUCUCUUUCCUACCGGGACGGUGCCUCCCAAUGGUGGUCUGGAGCGGCUUCUACGGGUCGAGCAGAAGGCGAUGUGGUGUUUCUUCAGCAGUUGGUGGAGGAUCUUCGGGGGCAGCUGUCCCGCUCGCAGGCGCAGGUGCGCAGCCUGCAGACUCGCACUGGGGACGCCACACCCACAUCAACGCCCCGAAAAGUCAACUGGGGUUUGGAGAGCGGGGCUGAGGAGGACGAGGGCUGGCAGUCAUCAGACGGCUGCGGUUCGCUGCCCCGCCGUCCCCGACCUGACACGGAGCUGCAGGAGCUGGUGGCUCGUGUGUCCUCUCUGGAGGAGCAGCUGAGGAAAGGCAAAGGGCAAACGGAGGAAGCCAAAAGCAGUACUUGGCCUGGUAAGUUUGAUGCACUGAUCCAGGCUCAGGCACGGGAGCUGUCUCACCUGCGGCAGCGGAUGCGAGAGGGCCGAGGGGUGUGCCACAUUCUGACCCAGCACCUGGGGGACACAACUAAGACCUUUGAAGAGCUGCUGCGGGCAAACGACAUCGACUACUACAUGGGCCAGAGCUUUAGAGAGCAACUCACUCAGAGUUCCUCACUGGCCCAGAGAGUGGCAGCCAAGAUCAGCAGCCGAGAUCACUCUGAACUCCCAGAAGACAAGACAGGUCAUGAACUGCUUGCAAUCCGGUUGAGUAAAGAGCUCCAGCAGAAGGACAAGCUGAUAGAGUCACUGCGCUCCAAACUGGACCAGCAGCAGUCCCGCCCAGAUACACCUACCAGCAGUCACGCUCUCUCAGAGGCCACUGACCAAUCAGAGCACACGUCCUUCAUUUCUGAUGAACAGGGCUCCACCAAUGAGGAUCUGGAGUUGUGCUCAGAACUGGAUGCUGCUAGCGAGUUCGGCCAAGUGGAGGCAUCCGAGAGGAGCACUGCUGGCUCUCACUGUAAGCAGGGCCCUGCUCCAUCUCAUACAGCCAUCUCAUCAUCCCUCACUUCUUCACAUGGCCACCAGUCCACCAACAGCUGUCCCAGCAUGCACUGCAGCCCUCAUAGGCCAGUGCACGGAGGCUUUAGUGGUGCUCAGGUCAAACCCCUGUCAAGUUAUCCGCUGGGUACAAACCUUCAGACUGACCCCAGCAGCUUCCACCGGCUGUCCCAGCAAGCCUUUCACCAGUCUCCGCUUGCCAGCCUGAAUGCCAGCCCCACUCUGAAAUCAGGAGCCGGACUCCUGGAGAGCAGUGUAUUGUGGGAUAUGACAUAUGGGUCUCAACCCAUGAGGGAUGGUGCAUAUGGUGAUGUUUCCUCAGGCUCGUCAGGGUAUCAGUCUGGUGCCAGGCACAAAGGAACAGACUUGAUGGAGGAGCACCUGAGGGAGAUUCGCAGUCUCCGUCAGCGUCUAGAAGAUUCCAUCCAUACCAACGAUCGUCUGAGACAGCAGCUGGAGGACAGACUGGCUUCUAUGGCACGAGAUGGAGGAGGUGCCCCUACAAACAUCUACAUUCAGGGACUGGAUUCGGUUAGUCAGCUCUCUAAUGAGGUUCGACUUCUGAAGGAGGACAAUCAUGCGCUCCAGAGUCAGCUUCAACAGGCCAGAAGAGACAGCAUGAAAGAGGUGGAGCAGUUGCGAGAGGCAGUCCUGUCAGGCCGUGGCCGGUUGACGCAGGCAGAGCUGGAGACGGAGAGGUGGGCAGAGCAGUGCAGGCGACUGCAGGUGCAGAUGCAAGAGCAGGCACAGGCGACUCUGCUGUUAAAGCAAGAAAGACAGAGUAUCCAGGAGAACGCAAACAGACUCCAGCAUGAGGUUAACGUUCUCCAGCAACAGCUGAGUGAGAGCAGACAGCUUGUGCAUACACUACAGUGUGAACUGCAGGGGUAUCAGAGAAUGUGUGGUCCUUCCAAAAGUCUUGGCACAGGAUCUGGGCAGAGUUUGGCUUUUGACUUGAAAGAGCCACAGUCUCACCUGUGCAUGCUGGAGCAGCAGCUGAGUGAUGGGCUAGACCCCAACCUGUCCCAUUCAUCUGUCAGGAAACAACUAUUCCAUGAUCCGUCUCCCUCUCCUCCUGUUCGAGACAUGGGACUCUUCAGUCCGGCCUCACCUGUCUCUGCUGAACCAGAUGACCUUCACCCUUCUGUUAGUGACUCAGCCAAGCCUUGCACAGGAAGCAGCAGAGAGAGUGAGGUUCUUGACGGCUCCUUCGCCUGCAAAACAGGGCGUCACAUUGUGGGCCACGUAGAUGAUUUCAUUGCACUGCAGCAGCAGCUUCUGGAGGCCAAGUUGUUCAUUCGCAAGAUGGAGGCUGCACUCCAGUCCAGCACAGAGAUCGACCUACAGGAGGGAUGUGUGAAGAACUUGCUGACUAACACUAAAACCUUGAAGCAGAUUUUAGAAGCGACUUCCUCUGUCCUCAAAAUGUUCUGGAGGGCAGCUCUCCCCAGAGCUGAUGCCAACACACAGCAGCUUCAAAAGGAGCAGUCUCUGAGAGAGGAGGUUUUCUCGCUGAGGCGCAAACUGUCUGAACAGGAACAGGCUCUAAGGGACUCUAUGGAGACUCUGAGAAGCUCCAACCGCACCAAGGACAGCAUGGAGCAGUUCAUCGUCAACCAGUUGUCCAGAACACGAGACGUGCUGAAAAAGGCUCGCACAAACCUAGAGAAGAAUGAGCUCAGGAUCUCCUCUUUAAGCUGCUCCUUUUCUCCUCCCUCUCCUCAGUCAUUCUCCUGUACUCCUCCCUGGGCUGUUAGAGGUGAGGUCCCAGCCACCGUCUGGAGCUCCUCUCGUGGUGGAAGUAUUAUGACCUGUCCUGCCCAGGGACACAACCAAGCUCUGUCUGUCCCACUGGCAACACAGUGCUUUGGCACACAGCGCCCCCUAGAUGUGUUCUGCAAUAAUGCACUCUCAGGAUUCAGCACGGCUGUGUCUCCACUGUGCUGAGAGAACUCAAAGCACCGUUAUGAGACGCCAAAAGCUUUAUGAAUGUCAGGGGCUGUUUGGCUCAGGGGUUAUAACUUCAGUUGUCGCAACUGGAUUCUGAUAUCUGAAGUCUUGGUAGCUCUUCUAGCGUGAUGUCCUAUAGUACCAUAGUCACUGUCAUUAUGUAACCUCUAAUCUCCACAGAGUACUUUAGAACCUUUUCUGUUGUUCCAUGCAUCAUAAAAUGUUCACACAAUGUAAAAGACUGCCGGUGUAAAAAACAAACAAACAAACAAACAAAAAAGGGGUUACAAGGUUUUGACAUCACAAUAUGCAUGGUCUAUAAAAGGCUGCUGACUUAUACCCGUCUGAAGGUGUAUGAAAGAAUAUACCAGCUGUAUUUGCAGAAAAGCCAUAAACAAAUAGAGCAAAGGUCCCAUUUGUCAUCAUCGCCUGUAUAUUUCAUGUCAACCUUGUUUUGCUGUUCAUAAGCAUGCAGUGCCAUUGUUGUCCAUGACGUUGGCCUAAUAUGUUACUACUUGAGUUUUAGACAUGGCAUGAAUUAGUCAAGGCAUUAGACACCAACAUCGUCCUGGUUCAAGUUCUGUUUUGAUGUUAAUGAGAAACCAGCAAUGGUGAGCGUGUGCAAUAAAACACUACUGACCUGUUACACUGUAACCAUGACAAUGAGCAAUAGUGCAAUGCUAUUAUGUAGGACUGAGAAAGAGAAAAGCAGUUGCUUCAUUUCAAACACUGUAGCCCUGUAAAGGGAAAAAAGACAAAAAGAGGAACCGCGGCACUGCCAAAGCUAGUGACCCCUCCCACAUCUCGCAGAUGAGCUGGAGGGUACGAUGUGGCAGUAUUUCACAGUCCUGGUCCUGAAGUGCAGCAGUGGCUUCCCUAACUCACCCUACAGAACUGCACAGGUACUCGAGGAUCAGGACUGCCGAUCAAUGUCAGUGGAGCUGUAUUCUACAUUUUGACCCUUUUGUAUUGUAACUGUUGGAAAAUAAUGCUAACUUUAAUGUUUGGUCCAAAAAUGGUAGUCAUGUUCUUUAUUACUAGCUGUUGUAUUAUUGGUGCUUUUUGGUAAUGGACCACCUUUUUGUUUCUUUAUUUUCUUUCCUUUUUGACCCAACCCCUGUAAAUUUAUUUAAAUAGAGCACAAAUGUGUGUACCUACAUACUAGAUUUGCUACUCGACAAUCGGACAAAUUUGUUGGUCGCAACACUGUAGAACGCAGGUCUGUUUUACUUUCUCCAGCUGUUCAGUGUUUCGUUAAGCAUGCAUUAGACUUCAGGUAUUGCUUUGACAUGUACCUGUCAUGUGCCAUGUUAUUCGCUUAGUACAUCUGACUCGCUGAAAGGCUAAAUCCAAAAUAAUUCCUGCAUGACUUUAGUACGCUGCACAGGCAGGAGCUGAGAGCUUUACAUUCUAACAAACUGUAACUUUACAUAGAGCAAAUGUAUAGGAUUCAGCUUAAGUUCUAGUUUUCAGCUCUGAAAACUUCGCUACACUCAAACAGCAAGAAGCUACUGCCAGCUCUAGCCAUCCUGGAUCUAGAAUCCCCCUUGACAAUCAUGAUUUUAUGAACAUUUGAAAUCCUUUUUAAGCAAAAAUAAAAGCUACUAAACAGACCAAAGCGUAAGACAAAUCAAGUGCACAGUUACGAUACUCAAGCACUUCAUCAAAUCACGAGUGAGCAAUAUUGUUACAAGGUCCACAAAAAAAAUAGUUUUUUCAUUAACAGUAUUAAUGUGGAACGCAAGGAGAAAGAGUUGAUAGUUUUCGUUUGUGUGCUGUUACUGUUAUUCAGAGUUCAGACUGUCUAUGCAUGUGAGCUGUGGGAAAAUGGAUGUGUGUAGAGGGAACGGGGGGCUAUUUUAAUAAAAAGGGAAGUUGACAAGUA